AUGAGCUCUACAGUGGCUGCCCAGAUUAUGAGACAAGCAGAUGCUGUCAAGAAUACUAUGUCAGAAUCAGGAAAAGCAUUUUCCGAAUUGUGGGUGACCCGACAGAAGUUGGAAGACCUGUACAAGAAAAUGCUGCUGUUGGAUCUGGAGUAUGCUCUGGAUAAAAAGGUGGAGCAGGAACUAUGGAACCAUGCAUUUAAGAAUCAGAUCAACACCCUGCAGACACAAGCAAAAGAUCGACAGAACCCAAAGAAAGCUGAGGCCCAGGCCAGUCUGAACUUGUUCCUGGAGACUGCCAGUGGAUUUUAUUUACAGUUUUUGCAAAUGAUAUGCUCAACAUUUAAGCUAGAUCUGCCGUUUCGCAGACGUUCUGCAGCUUUUGGAAUCAUGAGAGAGAACACAAUCAACUACAAGAACAUCAUGACUCCCAAAAAGAGCUCCUGUCUGUACAUUUGCUGCCACUGCUUAGUUCAUCUUGGCGACAUAGCUCGAUACCGCCAACAGAUGGAACAGGCACAGACGUAUUAUAGACAUGCUGCAAAUCUGUCACCUAACAAUGGUCAGCCCUAUAACCAACUGGCCAUUUUGGAGGCGUCAAGGGGAGAUAAACUGUCCACAGUCUUCUACUACAUACGCAGCCUGGCAGUCAGACACCCCUUCCCAGUUGCUGCCACCAAUUUGGAGAAGUUUUACUCAAAGCUUAUCAAGGAUACCCGAUCUGACUUUGAUGGGGCUAACUUGACCAUGAGUGAGAUUAUCACAGCUUUCCUGCAGUUUGAAGCACUGCUACACAUGUCCACCGGUUUAGACAGAGCUGACAGUCUCAAAACCAAGAUCAUCACAGGACUGGGCAACCAUAUCCGCUCGCAGACAGUGUCGUCAGCACACCUGACGGGAAUUGUAGCCAUAUCAGUGUUUGCGCUUCAUCGGGCUCAGAAUGACACCACUGAUUCGGGAGAUGCUGUCCGCAAGGUGAACUUUUCAGCUGAUGAGAAAUGGUGUGUGCAGAUUCACAUUGCAUUUUCAGCCAAGCUUCUGGAGACCAUGUUACUACAUACCCCAAAAGAAGACAACAAGGCCAGGGAUUUCCUCACCCUCCCAGCGAUCAAGGUGCUAAUUGAUUGGUUGUUUCUGAACAAGGAUGUCUUGCAGAAAAAGGAAUUCAUUAAUACCAGCAUCUGGUGUGACUUGUGUAAGCUCCUGAACACGCUGCAGUGGCUGCUGAAUGACUCCAAUAAGCCUGUAGACGUCACUAACUUUGAGGACACUCCACUUCCAGAGGACACAGACCUCAGAUGCUUUCAGCCACUUGAGCCAACCUACAGCUGCUACAAUUUUAGCAAAGCUUUCAGCGAAGACCUGACCCCAGCUCGGGAAAGAGACUUGCGUUGCCAGCGGUUGGUGGCUCAUGGGAAGUGGUUGGCCCAGGACCUGUCUCAACUGAAACUUGUUAUAUAUCAGCCAACAAAGUCCAUCCGGAAUCAGUUUUCUACACAGAAGGCUGCGCAGGCUACAGACAACAACCAGGUGCCCCAGAAACCACCACAAAGACAGAAUGUUGCCAUGCAG